AUGUUCUUCGAGCCAGAGACCAGUACUGGUUACAUUAUUGGAAAGCCAGUGACCUCUGUGGAAAUAGACAGCGACCUUCUGUCCAAUGAGUGCAUGGCAUACAGGGCAGGUUAA